AUGGAGAGAAACAGAGCAGAAGAAGAAGAAGAAGAAGAAGAAGAAGAAGAAGAAGAAGAAGAAGAAGAAGAAGAGUCUGAACAUCAGGAGGAAACUUCGGUGAAAUUCUCCCGCAGGAUGAGUGAAAUGCUCCUGACGCUGAAGUGGUGGAAUUUCAUCGCUUGUGUUUCAGUGUUGUCCAGCGUUGGAGCCCUCGAGGUCGCCAUCCCACAGAAGGAAUAUGAGUUUGCCAGAGGGGACAACAUCACACUGCCCUGCAGCUUUAAAUCCAAGCUUGCUACCCCCCCACUAGUCAUUAUCACAUGGUCAGCUGAGGCUCCUACUGCUGACGCUAAGCAGACCCUGAUCCUCAGCUACUACUCUAAUACUAAACAGACAGACAUCAAGUCAAUGUACGAAGGCCGAGUGUCUCUGGACGUAGACACUCGUAAUGGAAGGGCCAACCUAAAACUGUCCGCCAUCACGUUGGCAGACAACAAAGUGUUUGAGUGUCGUGUCUUGAUCCCAACUGAUGAUGAGGGCAAACCAGCAGCCACUGUACGUUUGGUGGUCCUAGUGGCCCCGUCAACACCCAUCUGUAAGCUCCAGGGAAAGGCAGAGUACGGCCAGAACAUCAACCUGACCUGUUUGUCCGCGGAGGGCUCCCCAGCGCCCACGUACAAGUGGGAGAGUACGGACGUACGCAGCAUGCCACGUGCUGCCCCGCACCCCAGAACCACGGAUAAGGGUGGUAUCCUGUCAAUGUACGAUAUCACCAAAGACACGUCUGGAUACUUCACCUGCACCUCGAGCAACAAGAUCCACUCUGCUAAGUGCAACAUCACUCUUGCAGUCAUGCCACCUUCCGUGACCUUUGGUUCCACUGCAAUAAUAGCCAUCGCUGUAUCUGUCGUUGCCUUGAUCGCCCUCAUCGUCAUAGUCUAUUGCUGCUGCCGCAAGGAUAACGAUGAACACGCCGCCGCGAUGAUGACGACCGUUACCAUGAGAAGAACCAUGAUCGACCACCCGUGCCAAAUAAUAAACCACUGAGGAAGGAUUAUGACGACUAAGUACUCCAGUCUGAACCAACGCCUGUCUUCUAUCUUCCACUUCACACUUCACGCUGUGAUCUAAUUGGUUCAAACCACGUUUUGACUCAGUAGACCUAUAGCUAUGACAUAAUUAGCUCAAAAAAUGGCAACAUGUAUAGGCUACUAGACUUAAACAUGAUCUGUUAUCACAUGUUUGAGAGGUGGUAAAGUUUAAGUUUUGGGGGGGGGGGGGGUAAUUUCUGUAAUGUAAAAUAGAUGUGACUGGAAGCAAGCGACUCGGAGGAUCAGUUGGGGAAGGGCAGGAAAUGAAAACUGUGUCCAAAAAACCUGUCUAAUUCACAUGAAGUGUGUGUGUGUGGGGGGGGGGGGGGGUCACAGUUACAAUCCCAUUUUAGGCUACAUCCAUACUACUACGUUUUCGUUUGAGAUCAAUCGAGUCCAGUGUAUGCGAGUUGUUAGGUGAUAUGCAUUUCCAGGCACGUCGGUAUUGACGGGAAAGACGAGGUUGUAUGGAUGAAGGCUUAGUUAAGGUACACAAAUUUCACAGACCCCCCCAGGACCAAAUGAUUUUUAUACUGUGUGUGUGUGUGUGUGUGUGUGUGUGUGUGUAUUUGUGUAUUUGUGUGUGUGUGUGUGUGUGUGUGUGUGUGUGUGUGUGUGUGUGUGUGUGUGUGUGUUUACCGCAGCUCAGUCCGGUUUGGUCACAUUCUGAAGUGGAGACACGCUGUGAGACAAAGAUUCUGCCUGAUGUGUCGAGGAGACUUGUGUAAUUCAGGAAUUAUGUGGAAUUUUAGCUUUCAACUUGAUAUGUUGACACACAAAUGAAUGCAUGGCAUUACGACUGUGUGUGUGUGGUUGUCAUGAUUAAGACUGGCCUCUGCUGUUGGGUGUAGUGGUGGUUUCAUUUUCUUUUUUAUCUAAGGAAGCUACCGUCACGCCCAAGAAAAGGGCUUUGGUUUUGAGUUGUUCUUUAUGCUUUUACUAGAAUUACUUUUUUAAUGCAGAAAAUAGCCGUCUCCUUCAUUCAAUGGAGUGCUUUUAAAUAUCUUUCUUUUUUUUAAUGACAUAAUAGAAACUAGAGCUCGAAUUAAAUUUGAAUGUAAAUAAAAAUCAAGAUUUUUAACAUGUCUUCAAAAUGUGCCUGUUGGUGUGAGGCAUUGUUUCAGUAAAGUACAGUUAAGUUGUGUGAUGGGAGCAAUGGUUUCUAUUCUUUAAAUCCACCGUGGUAAUAGCAAGUGCUUUUUAUAAAAAUUUCAGGGUUAUGGUCUCGACAACUGCUCGACCCAAAUCCUUCACUGACGACACUCCACGCCCAUGUGUCCUGAGAAAUAUAUAUAUACACAUAUUUCUAUUUUCUGUAUUUGUGAUACGGCGAGUUGUGUACAUUUUAAAUAAAAAUAAAG